AUGUCUAGGCGCAACACCUCUACCUACACCACGUCCUCUAGCUCGGUUCACUGCCGGCCUCCGCUCAGAUUACCGCCUCCGCAGUCGCAUCCCAGCAGCAGCACUGGAAGCAACACCGCCAUCAACACGCCUCGACAACAGCGCUCCAAUAACAUGGACGGCUCACACCACAUGUCAUCCAGCAGCAUCACAGAGCUCGACUUGAGCAAAUGCCACCCUCGGAUGGUUGACAGGACUAUCAACGCCGUGCCGGGACUCAAGACCAGUGCUGCUUUCUUCACCUUCCUCCGCGCCAACCUCGUCCUACCUCACUCCGGGCUCUCCUCCAACCCAUCCACCCCUUACCUAGAGCCCACCUACGUUCCACCACCACUACCGCAGAAGCUAUCCCGCACACCAUCUUCAUCCUCAUCCUCGACUUCGUCCACCAAGUCAAAAUCCAGAGUAAAAUCCACCAUUAUGUCAACAUCAACACCACCAACAACCACCGGCAGCGGUGCCGCCGUGGAAAACCUCGACGACAUCCCCCCUCUCACCCUCGACAUCCUCACUACCCGCCCCGCCAAAACCGACGCCCUGAAGCUCAUCGCCGACUCCAUCGCCCAGCAGCGCCAACAAGCCUCCUACCACCUUAUCACCCACCCCGCCUGUCUGGCCAUUCUCUUCGCAAGCCUGGGCAUAGUCUACCAAUUCGGCAUCGCCCGCAAACCAGCAGAAGACUCAGACCUAGGCACCACCGUCAUGCUCCUGUCAGGGGUAGUAAUGACCUACCUAAUGACCAUCCGCUACUUCACCUCGGGGUACAUAAAACUCGCCGAGUCUUUGUCGUGGGACUGGCUACUUAACCCAUCCUCCGAGACUAGUACAAGCACAGGUACAGGUACAGGGGGAGAGCAAGAAGAGGAUAUUGUCCUAGGGACGUACUACGGCACCGAGCUAAUCGGGGCUUUGGUUCUGCGGCUGGAACCACCUGCCAGUUCACGGUCCGCUAAUCCUAAUUCUUCGACUUCGUCGUCGAAUAAGGCGCGUAAGUCGCACUCGAGACAUAAUUCUUUCUCGGCAAAGAGUUUGAAGGGCGGGAGAGGCGUGAUUAGAGCGUGGACGACCAAGUUGAGGUAUAGAGGCAGGGGAGUCGGGAGGGAUAUGCUUAUUGAAGCGGUCAGACUGACGCGGGAGAAGUGCGGGAAGGAGGCGGAGGUCGGGUUCGCCGCUGAACAUGCGAAUGCUAAUUGUGGAGAGGUGUUGCCGGAGUGGUUCUGUGGGGGGUUUCGGAAGGGGGAGAGGAGGGCGGCGGGGUGUUUGGAAGGGGUUCUUGCUGAGUAUAAGAGGUGA